AUGACGAAAGUAAACAAACCGCCUACAACCAGCAAUCCAAACAUAAAACUGAAGAAGCCAAGUUCUAAAGAAGAAGAAUUUUAUCAACCUGUAAAAAAAACAGUAAUUACAAAAACACCAAAUAAGGUGCCAUCUAAAAAAACCGAUGAAAAUAUUAUUUCUCCUCAAAAAAAAAUAGAAAAUGAAAGUACGAAUUCUAAUGAAAAAGAUGCAAAUAAAAAAGAUGUAACACCAAAUAUACCUGAUAAAACAAAAGUGAAUUCUGAUAAAAAAAAUAAGGAUAACAAUGCAGCUAGCCAACCAGGUAUUUUCUCAUGGCUAUGGAGAUAUUUUCCAAAAAAAAAAACAUAA